GUUUACCGCAGACCUGCAGUCCCCGUUACCGCAGCAUCCGUCUAAACUGCCUUCAAAUCCAGCCACACACAGCACUUUUCCUCACUUUCAUACACCUAACCUUGACAAUACCCUCCAAUAUUGCUGUGAUUAUCUGCGGGGACUGACCGCUGACCGACUGGGAUAAAAAAACAAAACAAAAAAACAACCGCGACUACAGCUUCGCUAAUUCACAGCAUCGGGUUUCUCGGUUUCUGCGCCAAGAAACGAUGUGGACACCGAACCGCUGGUGAAAGCGCUCAAUCGUUUGGCUGCACAAGGAUUCAAAGGUCAUGCUGUGCUUUGAAGGGACAAGAAGAGACACUAAAUAAAAAGGUUGAGAGAGAGCAGAAGGUGGACAGCAGCCGCUAUCAUGUCUCGUCAUCACAGCCGAGCCACCAGCGUGGAGGAGAAGGGGGCCACGCCCAUCCACAAGAGCUCCACCCCUUUACACAAAAGCUCCACCCCCACCCACAAGAGCGCGUCCUCCUCCUCUUCGUCUCAGAGAGACAGUCGACAGGAGACGGAUAGCUGGGAGAUCAUCGAGGGCCUGAGGAUCGGGCAGACUCAUGUGCAGAGGCCAGAGAAGCACGAGGGCUUCAUGCUGAAGCGGAGGAAAUGGCCCCUGAAGGGCUGGCACAAGCGUUUUUUCGUUCUGGAUAAUGGGAUCCUGAAGUACUCCAAGUCUCCCGUGGACAUUCAGAAAGGAAAGCUCCAUGGCUGUAUAGAUGUGGGUCUGUCUGUGAUGUCCAUCAAGAAAAGAGCUCGCCGCAUAGACCUGGACACAGAAGAGCACAUCUACCAUCUGAAGGUGAAGUCUCCAGAUGUGUUUGACACCUGGGUGUGCAAGCUGCGUCACCAUCGCUUGUUCCGUCAGAACGAGAUCGUUCGUUCUCCCCGGGACGUCACGCUGCGGACGUUCCCCCCGACGGCCGGCGCAGAGUCUCCCCAGAACACCCCCUCCAGCACACACCAAAGCAAGCAGGGUAAGCCCACCAGUCUGCCCUGGCACCUGCCUCCAUCCUGCAGUAAUGGACAGAGUAAAGUGGCGGCCUGGUUAAAGGAGUCAGAGGAGAUGGACAAGUGUGCAGAAGAGCUCGCCUACUGCCAGUCUAGUCUAUUAGAGUUGAAUCAACUGCUGCAAAGUCUGGAGAUCCUACAAAGGACUCAGUCAGCUCCCAAUUUCACUGACAUGCAGAGUAACUGUGUAGAUUUGACAAAGAAAGAAAAGCGUGUCAGCAGAAGAUGGAGGACUAAAAGUGUCAGCAAAGAUGCAAAAUUGCAACAGCAGGUCCAGUCACUUCCCCAGUCACACAGUGCUAAAGUUCCCCUGAGUGCAAGUAUGUCUCAAGUGCGUCUCCACUCCUCUAAUCCUAACCUAUGUGCGGAGUUGGUGGAUUUUCAAACCCCUGUCACACGUCUGACUGACAGUAUCGACAACGCCAGUGACUACAUCAAACUGCAGGAAGACUUCUGCGUCAUUGCACAGAAAG